CAAGGUUAUUCGAUAAAGUCAGUUUAUAUUGUGUACGAAAAUACAUACACGCAUGGAAAGUUUUCCACCAAAUUGAAUCAGUCCCGUCAUUAGACGUCUUUGAUGUUAUAUAUCGACUGUUCCGCUUCAGGAGUUUUACGGUGGCGUUUUCUGUUAGACGUUUGAAAAAUGUACGUGCAUUCUUGAUUAACAAAACAGUUUAACAUGGAAGACUAGGGACGACGCUUUAAAAUACAUUCUUGCUGUAGAAAGGAAAGACACAACGCUUAAGAAACAACUUAAACCAAAAUUGGAAUACUUUCAAAUAAAUCAAAGACGGAAUGAAAGUUAUACUUACAUUUAUAGUCGUGUUUUGUGCUUUUGGAGCCGUCCUCGGCCAAUGGAGUCGCCAACAGCCCUACUAUCAAAGUGGACCAGACAUGACGAUGGCACUUCUGUUAGGGCUAGAUAUGAAUGACCUCUUUGCCUACCAAGCCUUGACAGGGAUGGGUUUUGGAAUGGGUCCGAUCCUUCCGCAACGACCAAGCGCGCGAAACCAAGUAUUAAGGGACAUAACGACGCUUCAAAGACUGGGGAUUUUGGAAGGCGGCACUGAUGGUCCAGAUCCCGUCGGUCGAAGAGGUGGCGGACGGGCCCGUGGUGGAGAAGCCGCGGGUGAGGGUGGUCCCGGAGGAGAGGAAGCUGGAGGGAGGGGUGGUGGUCGAAGGAAUCAGAAUCGAGGUGGUGGCGGCGGCGGUGGUGGCGGCGGUGCAGCUGGUGCCGGUGGUAAACGUCGUGGCGGUGGUGGCGGCGCUGGCGGCGGUGCUAGAGGCGGUGCUGGAUCAGGUGGAAAAGCCGCACCGAACCGUCAACGUCAGCGACCAGUUAGGGCGCAGUAAAACGGAUUGUUUCAGCGCGUUACCUGUGAAUGUGAUUUCCGAGUGAAUAUGGUCGAAAUGGACGCCGUUCAGAUCAAGAUUUCAUCGACACAUCAUGGCAACUAUCUCUUAUAGGGCUUGAAGAAUUGCCGGUGCCAAUGUCAUACUCAAAAGAGUCCUUCGCUAGGAUCACCACAUACAUGCUGUCGCCGUUUAUUGGUGUAAUAUGUCUAUGGUAGUGAGAAUGGUGUAAAUGUUGCGAGUGUCGCCAUUCAUAUGUUUGAGUAAUAUUUCAUCGCGGAAGACAGUGAACAGCGUGUAACUUGGGGUUACAGUUUCUCUAAGUCAUUUCGUUUUUUACAUAGGGUAUUAUCAUUUAAUAAAUUAUAUAAUAAUAUAUGUGAGAUGCUCGAAAGCCAAUAUACAAUACAACAUAAAAUACAGUGAUAUCGCGUUUAGUCCACGCCAAGUUGAUUUCACUUAAGCCUUAUCUGUUAAGUAGGUUUUGGCCCUUAGAAAAUAAAGACCUCAGAUUUAAAACCAAAAAAUAUAGCGAGAAAAAUGCCUUUAUGCAUCUGAUAUUACAUUUAAAGAAAGUAAAUUCUAAAACAGAAAGAAAUGAUUAAGCAUUUGUAAUAAUGAAAAAAUAAGAAUUAUAGUGUGUUUGUUUAUUUUUUCUGUCGACAUUUCUGCCUGUUAGAUAUGUUUAGAAAAUGCAACCUGUCGCUAAACAUUGAAAAACCUUAUAAAGAUUCACAUGUUAUCUUCCGUAAAUUCAGCUAUGUUAUUUCGAUUAUUAAAACUCGUUUCUGGCAUAAAUGACUGCUUGUUUUACAUUAUCGUGAUGUUUGUCUUGUUGUUCUUCGAAUAUAAAGGGUUGUUAAAAUAAAGUUUAAUCAUA